AUGCUUUUUCGUCUCAAGUCCUUCGGUCUGCCACGAAGCCUGCCAGCUGCCACACGCUCUCUGUCUUCUCCCACCCAACAGUCUGUGGUACAUCAACCGUAUUUCGUCCCAAGAAACUCUAACGGAAGCCUUCCUGUCUACACGGACAUCAGGAAUGGCGGCACGCGUCUCUUGCUUACCAUCCGUAACAUAGACGGCAAUAUUACAGCUUUCGCAAAAGAGCUUUCCGAUGGCUUGUUUCCCCCUGGUUCUCCAGAAGCUUCGAGACUCAAGGUUAGCGUUAGUCGCUCAAAGCAUCUGAUAAUUCAGGGUGGCACCGGUAGAUGGAAGCACAAUAUCAUUGACUGGCUGUUACAAAAGGGCUUUUGA